AUGCGUGCCGCGUCCGCAUUGCCGGGACGUUGGAGCUGUUCGGUCAGCGGCAUUUGCCCCUUGCAAAGGCGACUCCUGCGCCUCGUAUUCUUCGAGGGAUGGAGGGUGCCGUCCAGGUUGUUGGCGCGCAACUGGAAUUCAACGGCUUCUCUCGGGCUUGUCACCCUUGGUACUUUACGCGACAAGGCGGAAGAGCACGCCCUUUGGCACACUUCCCGGGCCUCUGCGCGACGAUACGCGACAAGGCCGACGCGAGGAUUCGUCGCGGCGCGCGCGCGCGUAAAUGAGCAAAUCCUGUCCCCACGUCCUGUCUCAAUCGCGGCCGGCGUGUCCGACGUCCAGAAAAGUACCUGCACGCUCUUAAUGCGCCCGACGCAGCAAUGA